GCUCCGCCCAGCCCCUGCUACCUGAGCCCCAGCCUUUCCCAUCCCAACCACCGAGUCCCCCUCAAGUCCUCACGGGCCCCAAAGACAGCUCCGCAAACACCUCAUGGGAACACUACAGUGACCCUCACAAACCCAGACCCCCACGGACGUCCCCACAGAUCUCCGCAAACCCUACCCAGAGACUUUCAAAAAGAUUCCACAAACCCCUUUAAAAGACGUGAACCCUUUAGGUUCGUCCGCUCCAGGUCCAAUGCAGACUCUCAGGAAACCUCCCCCACCCGAGAGGUGACCAGAUUGCUGCUGACACUGAGACUACUAGGCGUUCCAGUUGCCCUAGUAACGGAUCCCUUCUCUUCCGGCCAGGGUUCCAGAGGCUUCAACCAAGUCCCUCCAUCCGCCCCUGGUCCCUUCCCCUCCCAACCUCCCCCGAAUCUGGCUAGAGCUCCUUUGCUAAUUUCUGCAGGUGUCCCAGUCUCCUCCCUAUGUUGCAGGCUUGCCAGCAAGGCCUGUCACCACACAGAGCCCGGCAGCUGGGUUUCAUCCACAGCCUAGAGCCUUCCCUCUCUCAGGGCUAACACUUCCCAGUCCCAGCUUCAGACAGGAUCCUGACCUAAGGACUUGUAAAAACCAAGCCAAAGCCCAGAGAUGGAAGCAGACGAGGUCGGAGAAGAGCCUCAUACCACCAUGGAUGCAGAGGAGCACCCUUCUUCAAAGGACCCCUCUGCCAGCGACUCACAGGAGCCCCCUCUCUCUGAAACCCCCUUGAAGGCUUCCAUCUCUGAGACCCCUUUAGAACCACUUAGUUCUGCAACUCCUCUGGAGCCUUCCGCUUCCCAGAACCCAUUAGAGACCCAUACCUCGGGAACCCUCUUGGAGCCUUCCAUCCCUGAGGCCACUUUAGAACCACUUACCUCUCCUUUGGAGCCUUCCACUUCCCAGAACCCACUAGAGACCCAUACCUCGGGAACCCUCUUGGAGCCUUCCAUCCCUGAGGCCACUUUAGAACCACUUACCUCUCCUUUGGAGCCUUCUGCUUCCCAGAACCCGUUAGAGCCCCACACCCCUGAAUCUCAUGUGACACCUUCCACUUCCCACACCCCGUUAGAGACCCAUACCUCAGAAACCCUCUUGGAGCCUUCCAUUUUUGAGACUCCUUUAGAGCUCCACACCCCUGAAUCUCCUGUGAGGACUUCCUCUUCCCACAGCCCGUUAGAGACCCGUGCCUCAGAAACCCCCUUGGAGCCUUCCAUCUCCAAGGCCUCUUUAGACCACUCUGUCCUCGAGAGCCCAUCGGAGAUUCACAUCUCUAAGGUCCCAGAGAAACAGCUUACUUCUCACAAUGCAUCACCAGACCACGUCUCUAGGGCUCCCUCUGACACUCUGAAGGAAGGCCCCAUCUCUGAGUUUCCCUCCAGUGAUGUCUCCCGGAUGAGAAGAUCCAUACAGAUCCCUCAAUCUGGAUCCCUUCAAAAGCAUUCCCUUUCAGGCCCAUCUGCCCAGGUCCACCCGGACACAUCUGCAAAGGAAAGGGAAGAAGGAGAGAACAAGGAUGGGGUGGAUGCCACUGACAGAGCCACUCUCACAGCUCAGUCUGGUCAUCAACUGGGUUACAGAGUCAGCCCAGCGGUCUCUACGAAGCAGUCAGAGAUGGUGAAAGUGGCUAACACAGUGCACAGAGGGAUGUUUGGUGCUCAGGUGAAAAAUCUGUUCCAAUGGGAGAAGAACGCAGCCCUGAGUGCCAUCCAGACAGGUCUCUACAUUGGCUGGCGCUGCCCGCAUUAUCUAUGGGACUGUUUCCGGAUUGGGGAUGAGUCCAAGUGCUUUUGUGGACACUUGUUGAGAGAGCACCAGAUCGUAUCAGACAUUUCUGUGCCCUGCAAUGUGAACCAGUGCCGCUGCCUCAUGUUCUGCUUUAUCCCAUCACGCCCAGAGGAGGUGGGUCAGUUCUGGCUCAGGAGACGAGCCAGCUUUGACCCCAAGGCGUGGAGAGCCCAAUGUCGCUGCAAACAUAACCAUGAAGACCAUGCAGCUACUGGGUCCCAUCCCUGCAGGGUCAAAGGCUGUUGCUGCAACUGCUUUGAGUCUAAUUUCCUGUGUGCAGCCUGUGACCGGCGCUGGGAGGAACACCAGACUUUCUUUGAGACUGAAGAGACCCGGCGACGAGGAGGGAGGCCUCACGGAGCAGACUAUGUGCCUUUUGCAGAGAUUCCUACCCUCCAAGAAACCAUCACCAUCAACUCUGACUUCAAGGUCCUACAGAAACAGGGGCCCUCUGGCCAUCCCAGCUCCCGCCCUAGUCCCCCUGGUUUCCCUGAUCCACUCAGCCUCCGACCUGGCCCUACCUCUAACCGCCGUACCUGACCCUUUCACCUCUGCUCUUCCCUCCUCCAGGGACAGACGCAGUCAACACCUGGCACAGGCCUCUGUGAGCCUGGCCCAGAUCAGCAAUAAAGGGGAAGCCACUGGAAUCUGACCUGGCUCUGUAUGCGAUAGCUAGAGCCCGGCCCAAGGACAGACAUUCUAAGACCUUCGGGUCAGCACCUAUUGGGGGUAAAAGGAAGCAACACACAGCAGAGAGGCUAGAUCCGGCCAUCUGUCUUCACCACACCCACAUUUAAUCUGCUAGCCAAGGCAGCCAAGGAGGGAGGGUGGGGUUUCAAGGAGGAUAGAGUGAGCAGUGAUGUUAGAUGCAGCUGUGGUCUCCAGUAAGAUCAAGACUGGAAAGUGUUCACUGGAUUUUGCAGUUAGAAGGUCUUUGGGGAGAGUGUAGUUUCAGUGGUGCAGUGGAGGCAGAAGGAGUUUCUUUAAGAAAUUUGAAUGGAAAGAGGAGGAGAGAAGUCAGACAAUAUCCAGAGGCAGAUGUGGAGUUGAGAAAGCAGUUUUUAGGAAGGAAAAAGGAAAGAGGCCAGUAGGUAACAAGACCUUGAAGGAUGCGGAAGAGAAAGAGAGAUGCCUGGUGAGGCAAUAUCCCAGAGAUGGAGGGAGGGGAUGAGGUCAAGGCGGAGGUGAAGGGAUUCACUUUGGACAGGAGAAACACCACAUCCUAAAACCAAGAGGAAGAAAGGAAAGCAAGGAUAGGGAGCAGGGUCUUGUGAAAGUUCCCCUGUGAAGUAGGAGACAAGAUCAGUUGCUGGUGGGGAGGGGGGAGGAUAAAAGCAGAGAGUAGGAGACAGGAAAAGAGAGGUGAAGGUUUUGGAAGGCUAAUGC